AUGACGCGAGUAACGCGUCGAGUUCUCCAAAUGAGUGACCGUGAAUUGGCCGCUGUAAUCGCGGUUGCUAUGCCUGGUCGAAAAAUCGAAGAACUCCGAAGAGAUGAGCGGCAAGAGAUUUGCAUAAAAUGGCUAUUUGCAAAUGGACUUUCGAUUAAUCACCAAUUUACGAUCGAUAUCGAAGAUGACGAUAUCUAUGUAUUAAUGAGUAACAAAAACUCAUGCGAGUGUUGCGCAAAAGAUACUGAUGUGGUGUCCGUAAAACAUUUUGAUAGCGGAGCAAUCGGAACUAGUCUAGCGAUUUUCAAUAAACUCGAAGAGGAAGGUGUUGUACAACUUCAGCUUCCAAUUAGGCGUGGUGAGCUUUGUACUCCUUCUUGA